UGAAUGAAUGAAAAGUAAAGAAAGAGAGAUUACUUACUUAUCUGGGAUGUACACAUAAAUAUGUGCCCAUGAAAGACUUGGGGCUGAUAACAUUUAUUCAAACUAGACAUAUUUAGUGUGGAUUUAAACUUUAAAUGUGUAGAGAUUUGCUGUGAUAACUUGGUUUGAGAUAAAGCUGACCACUUCAUGGUCCAGUGGGCAAAUUGAAUUGACCAAGUCACAAGUGUAUGUUAUGUGUUAACAACUGACUGUGCUUUUUUCAUCAGUGUGUACAAUGAAGAUUGAAUGAAAGACAUAAGUCUGUGUAUAACUGUGUGUUUGUUAUAGACAGGAUAUAGUUGUUUGACUUUUGGUUCUUAUUUUCUUUUAUUUAAUAAACAGAGAAGUUUAACAACAAAACUGAAAUAUGUAGAAUAUUUUAUUCAGAGUUUUAAAAACUGUAGAGCAGGGGGCUGCUUGUAUAAGAUAUUUAACAGCAUUGUUUGUCAGUGGAUUGUUUUCGUUGAAAGUUAUGUAAAAUGUUGUACAGUAUAGUGAGUCCCGAUUCCACACAGACGGACGCGGAAAAACAGGACGUAAUUGAUGCAAAGCGAAACAUACCAGAUGAAUGUGAUAAGUUGAAAGAACUGAUAAACAAUCGGGAUGAGAACCAGUUUGAAUUUUGUAAACCGAAUACCACAGCAUUUAAUGCUUAUCGUGACCGGGCUCGUGAGGCACACUCGGUUACGAGCAGCCCGUGUAAACCUAGACUCACUGUAGAUGUGUCCAAGUAUAACCGCAUCGGUUCAUGUAAAUCUGUGAAAAGGUCGAGGGAUUACGAUAGUCCUGUUUCAACUUUGGAGGAGCUGAUGGAGUACCGUGAGGCACCGGCGAGCCCGUCGGCAUCGUCUGUAACUACAACAUUGUCCCUGGAGAACUGCGGGUCACCUGGGACACCAAACUCCCCGCCUGCACAAGAACAACAGGAGAUGGACGAUGAACGAUUGCCGAACGAGCUCCUCGAUGAGCUGUGCGAGGAUAUUGGGAUGAAGGAGGGGAUGGAGCUAGAUUUCGUUGAGUUCUUAAUGGAACAGGAUAUGGGAGAUCCUCAGCAAUACAUGACACCAGAGGCUCUCCGAUCGUCCGGCUUUCCAACUCCAACCAACCAGUCACAGGCAAAUAGUGCUCUUAAUACACCAACAAACAAAAGUUCUGGUGAAAAUAAUUGGGGAAAUAGAAACUGUGGCUCCCCUUCAUACUCAAUUGCUUCUAGCACAAAUGUAACUAUAGCAACAUCGAGUGGAUCUAGUAGCCCGGUGAGCAAGAGAUUCCAUAUGUCAAAUUCUGGGCCACCAAGUCCACCACCUUUGACUCAUAUGAGCAAUAAUCAUGUGUUUAAAGCACCUCAGACUCCCCCAACACCAAGGAGACCAAUACCGACAUCACAAGGUGCAAUGUCUCCAAGGUCAAAUCUGUCUGUUAGCUCAAACCAAAGUUCUCAUAGUGAUCACAGUAGUCAUAGCAACCAUUCUAGUGUCCAUAGUAACAAUAAUAAUCAAAAUGUGCCACAAAGGUGUUAUUCACCACGGACAGUAGGUGGUGCGCCCUCUCCACAGAUGCCUCACAGCACCACGGGUGCACCGGGGUACAAACCGCCACCUCAGUAUGGACAAUAUCAAGGUCAAAAUCAAGGUCAGAGUGUGCAGAAGACACCUAUGGCUCAGCCAUAUCAGAGACUUGGUAGGCCAGUACCUCCUAAUGUAAAUGUACAGAACUUUCAACAGCAGCAGCAGGGUAAGUUUAUGUCACCUGCUGCCAGUCAAGGUAAUUUGGGAAACCAGUCAUGUGCUAUGAACAAUUCUGGUAACCUUGGUAAUAUGAAUAUGCAAGGUCAAACAAUGAACUCUCAGUUUAACCGUCCAAGUGAUUCGCCUUUAGAUCAGGGAUAUUUCACGUCUUCAGACACGAUGAGUACGCGUAGUUUGGAUUCUGCUACUUCUACAGUGCCGUCUAGUGUUUCAAAUCAUAUGCACCCGGUGAACUCGCAACAAAAAAUGACAAUGGGUGCAACUCCACAAAAAUCUGUUCAUUUUGCUGAAAAUAGUGCUAAUUGUGCAAGACAAAAUGGAGGCUUGCCAUAUGAACCUUGUUAUAGAACUAAUGUACCAGAUUGUGAAUUAGAAGAGUAUAGAAACAGUAUUCAGAAGAUGCAUUCUAAAAUGAUGCCUCGUUUAAAUCACCAUGUCAAACCAGAAACUGCUCCUUACACAGUGCCUAAUAAUAAUGGCCAGACUAGUAUGAAUCCCUUUGAAUACUCAAAUAGUUCUAAUAAUAUGCAACAGUUUGACUUCCAACAGAAAUCUUCCGGCAAUAACUUUGGUAUGGAUAAUAAUCAGAACUUAGUAAUGCCAGCAUAUAGUGAAAAUAUGUCGAGCCAGUCGAACAUGUCAAAUAUGAAUUGUCAUAUGCCAAAUGGCCCAAUGGGUCCCAUGCAACAACCUCAGAUUGAUACGUUUAGGGGCCAGAGUGCUUGUCAAAUGCAGGACCCUUCUAAAGGGUCUGGUAUAUAUGACCCAGUUAAUAUGCAGAACCCAAUGGUGAAAAAUUCAAACUGUCAAUAUUCUGGUCCGUCUCAGGGUAAUAUGAACGAGAACUGUGGCAUGAUGGGAAUGAAUCAAGGGGUUAUGGGUAAUGUGAGUCAAAAUAUGAAUCAGAAUUAUGCAAAUGGCCAAAACUUUCAGGGAAUGGGGCAAAAUUCUCAAAACGGUUACCAAGGUCAAAGGUCAAUGCACAUGAAUAUGCCGUCUGCUGCAGGAAGCAGUGGAAUGAUGGGAUUUGAUCCUCAGUUUGAACAAAAUCGUGCAAUGCCAGGAAAUAUGAACAUGAACAAUAUGGAGAAUCAAAUGUUUCCACACUCUCAGGGAUCUAAUAUGAAUGACAGCAUGGGUUGGAAUGGAGGCAUGCCCCAGACUCCACAGCAACCUCAUCAGAUGGGGGCUGCGCCUCAGUCGGCACCCAUGGGUAUGCAGGGACAGGGUAUGGGAAUGGGUCAAGGUCAGUGUGGACAAUUAUCAGGUGUUCCAUGUGCAAUACCAAACUGUAAUAAUUGCAAAAACGCGUCAUCGCCUAAUAGACCACCUAUGAUGGCUUCUCAACAGAGAUUUAUUCAACAUUUAAUAACUGACAGAUCAAAUGCAUUUAGAUCUCACCCAUUGUUUCCACUACUCAGAGACCUCAUUAUAGCGGACAUGAACUUUAGUACGCCAAAUUUCCCUUAUCAAUUAAUUUCGAACCUACCAGCAGACUUUGAUAAGCUUCUACAAAAUUUCUUGCACCGGAACCCUCCGGCAGGAAACUACCAGACAAAUUUCGCUGUAGAAAGUGUAGUUAUGGAUGCAUUAAAAUAUGCUCAUCAUUGCUUAAUAGAAAAGAUUCGCCAGAAACAAGACCAAGAUGUUGACAAACACAGCAAAUCUACAUCAAAAUCUCUCAGUGCUAUUGAAGAAUUCUGUGAAAAAUUUGACCAAUCAGUGCGCAAAAGCUAUAUCAAGCCAGCCACUCUUCAUGUUGGAGGUGGGGUUGGGCCAGGUAACCCUGGCAACAUGCCGAAUGGACCUCAGAUGGGCCCAAUGGGCCCUCCAGAUAUGGGAACUCCUCAAAAAGAUAUGAAGUUUUCCAUGGGCAUGAGCAAUAUGAUGAUGCCAGGAGCCAUGUUCAUGUCACCCCAAGCAAAGAAGGGUCUUGAAUUUAGCGGUAUGAUGUCUCCGAACUUCAAGUCAAUGAUAGAUUUCGAAUCAGGUAGCGAGUGUGGUAGUGUGGUCAGUAGUAGUAGCCACCCAAACAAGCCAGAGUCCAAGAAACAUCCCAGUCUUCCAAAAGAGGCUGUUGCCAUUAUGUUGGACUGGUUAAGACAACACAAGGACAACCCCUACCCCAACGAUGAUGAGAAGGCCAUGCUGAUAAAACAGACUGGUUUAACUAUAAACCAGAUCAAUUACUGGUUUACAAAUGCAAGAAGGAGAAUCCUGCCAAAAUGGGCACAGCAGUGCAAAACGUGACACAGUCUAACUACAAAAAUAGACUGGUUAAUAAAAUAAUAAGAUGUAAAGAUAAAAUCUGAGACACAGUCAAAAAAUUAAAUUGACUGGCAUUCAGUCCUAAUGCUAAAGCUUAAAGCAACCCAUGAAUGUAGCCAUUCCUUUUGGCUUUUUUGGUGCUAAACACCUCUUACAUAUAGGGUAUCUAAGAUACUGGAAAUAUUUACACAUGAAUGGUCCUGGGAUUUGCGGAGGUGCAUAUAGAAUAAACAAAAGAAGGAAAAUGAACAUGUUUCUGUCUUAUUCAAGGAACAAAAAAAACUUUCUAAUAUUUUAUUUCUGUCGCUCAUUUGGUCAGUAAACUUUGCUUUGUUUUAAAAAUUGAUAAGAAAGACCUUCAAAAGUUUUUUGACAGGUUUAAAAACUUGUGUCAGGGUUAUGUGUUGCAAGGCUGACAGAAAAUCAUUUCACAAAUAUAAUAUGUCCAGUUUGGCGUCGUAGUCGAAAAUCUUUCCCUGCAACUUACAUUAUUUAUACUACACAUUCAAGGAAUGUUAUAUUUGUCAUUUUUCUUCACAAUUGGGAAUGUUGAUGUAGACUGAACAUUGGUCAAGUUUAUUAUUGUUUAAUCUGUCAAUAAUUGUUGUUUUUCUGAUGAAAUUAGAUGUUGAAAUUAUAACUGGACAAUGCUAGCUCACAUUGUGUGGAUGUCAAUUAUUGAGAAAAACAUCGUAGCUUUAACUGUGAUAUGAAAGGAGUAAAGUAAAACAUAUGCACAUGUAAUUUUAGGAGAAUAAACAUAAGUAGGCCUUAGCAUGAGUAACACUAUUAAAUAGUUGGAUCUUGUAAAGCAUGAUCGAUUUUAUUGCAACACUGGUUGUGUCAAAUUCUAAUGGUAUAUUUUCGACAGCACAAGUUGUUUUUUGUGAACGAUUUACUGAGGUUUGUGAAUAAUCUGCUUGAUUAAAGGGAGAUGAUCAGUAAAAGCAUAAAUUUAAGACUGACAUGAUUACUUCCCUUUGCUUAUUUUUUUUUCUCUCUUACUGAAUGAUGAAGAAUUGAAGUUAUAUUUGUUAUAAAACAAGAAUUUGAAAUGCAUAUCUCUUUAUUGUUUAUAUGAUUAUCAAAUAUGCACAACCAGAUUCACAUUUCUUAAAACAGACUUAUUUAAUGAGUUUGAAACAAAUUUAUUUUGACGAAGAAAAAAAAUUAAGACUGUUCAGAAGAAAAUGAAUAUUUGAAUUAUCUAGUACAUAGUUCUUAAAAAAUUUUAUCAAACUCCAUUCAGAAAAUAUGUAUUUUGUGUUAAAUUUUUGUGAGAUGAUUGCAUAGAAUUUUAGGAUAUUGAACGUUUUAAGAAUGGGAAUCUUGUUGUUCUUGUUUAUUUUCACAUAAUAGUGCUCUAUACUUAUGACGAGAAAUCCUGUUAUAACUUUUUAUGAAGCAAUAAUUCUGGUCAACUAAAUGUUAACCAUUCUAGAACAUGGCGUCAUCUAUAAGAACAAGUUGUAGCAUAACAUUUAUCAUUUUAAAAUUUAUUAUAGUUUAUAAAGGAAUAGCAUAUAAUUAUCGUAAAGUCACCACAUGGUUUUAUAACAAUAGCAAAAUUUUAUAUAUAAGAUGAGUUUCAUAAGUAUAUAACUUAAUGCAAUGGUCGAGUGCCUUUUUAAACGAAGUAACGAGAAAACUUUUUUACAUGAUUUUUAUGUAGAUGUUUCUCAAUGCAAUAUAUCACAUAACAGGUGUGCCUAUAUUUCCUGUACUGUACAAGGUUGUGUCAUAAACUGUGCCUUCUUUUCUCUUUCUAUUUUUGUCCUUGUGUAAAAAUCUGGUUGUUUGAAUAAUGUUACAGUGAAUAAAAAGUUUGGUUAGUGUUUAGAUCAAUUAAAGAGAGUGAAAUUUUUAUAUUGGAGCCAAGAAAAGUUUGUUUACUAAUAAUAUAUUUGAAAUAGUCAAGUAAUUAAUGAUCUCAAUGAUAUUGUCAAAUUCAAAAAGUUCUUUCUUAUUUCUAAAUUAACCUUUAUUGUUUUGAUGAAUUUGAUAGGUUUUUUAAAUGGAAAUUUAAGUAUAUGUAUCUAAAUAGAUUUAUAUUCGUAACGGAAAAUCAAACAUCAAGCAAUGUUCUUUGUUCUGUAGUCGUACUUAAUUGUGUCAUAUGUAACUGACCUAUUUAUAUCGCAAAUGCCGCCUUUGCCUUGAAACUCUUUAAAAGUGCUCUUGAAAUCUUGCGUUGUUCUCUUAGAUUGUGCCAUUGAUACCAAUAACGAAUACUUACAUAUCGGACUUUAAUUAAAAUCACCAUGUGCCAUCACCCUUUGUUGGACAAAAUUUGUAACUUGCUUGAAUUUGUGACCAUCUGAAAGGAGUGGAACUCGGUUGUCCAUUUAUAGCUUUGUUCUUAUUAUUAACUACUGUGAAGUUUUCUGGUAAAUUUUAUGCAUGGUUAUUUGAAAAAUAUAUGUUUAUAGCAAUAAUAAUUACUUUAAAACUGUUGAUGAAUUAGGGAUAUUUUUAUUGCGCCUCAUUGCUGAUGUUUUUUUUGCAUGAAAUAUUGUUGUUUUGUCUUGUUGCUAUAGAAACAAGCACCGUCUUAUAGUGUUAAGUUUCAUUCGUGAAAAGUUUAAGGAGGAAUAGUGACUUAUAUACAUGUACAUGUUGUAAAGAAGUUAUGAUUGUGACAAAAAAAAUUUGGUUGUAAAUAUUUGUUAACCUAUACGUUGUUAGACAUAAACAAAAUGGCUGAAAGCCAAGUGUACAUAGACAAGUUUUAAACAACAUUUUUAAUAUAUUUAAUCAAUGCUUCGUUUUAGAACAUGUAUUUGUUUUCAAUCUUUGUUGAUUUAUUUAAGGCCCAGACUUUGUGUUUGAAUGGAAAAAAACAAACAUGUUUAUUUCUUGUUUAUUUUUAAACUUGACUAUUUUUCUGAUGAAUUUAUUAUCUUGGAUUAUUAUUUUUGCUGGGUUGUAAAAUCAUAAAGUAUAUAAAAAUUAUGACUUAUUUAUUUGUUUUAUUAUUUAUAAGUUGACUAUAAGAAAUACAUGUUUACAGACCUAUGUUAAAAGUAAGCUCCCUUUCUUUAAUAUAAAGGAAUUAUAAAAUCCCAAGAACAACAAAAUUGAAACAGACAAGCAAAACAACUGUCUUAGGGCCAGGCAAUGGUUUUUUAUGCUGACAAGGUUUUAUUCUAUUAUUUUUAAUGAGGUCAUUCUUAACUUAUUUUGUUUUAUUUUUAUUUAAACAUUUCUUAUACUUUUCCUAUCUUCAUUGAUUUUUACGACAUCUAAUGGCCCAUACAUGAUUUUACUGGCAUAUUAUUAUGGCAAGAGAUAUUUUAUUUUUAGAAGAAAAAAAAUAAUUCUUACAUUAUUUGAUGAAAAGCAGCUAAAUUUACCUUUCUUCUGCUGGACUCUAUCCUGUCUAGUUUUGAUGCUUAUUUUAUUGAUUCUGAUUAUAUUUUGUGCAACACGAACAAAACAAUUUUGAGUUAAAAAAGCACCAUGUCUAUUUAUUUUUCUCACUCUUGAAAGAGAUUGCGUCUUUGAAAAUGUUUGCCUUCUUUGUAAAAUGUUAUUGUCAGAUUAUUUUGAAGCUAUAGAACAAAACUAUAUAUUAUGAAAAUAAUCAAGAAUUUUAUCAACGUUUACAAUGGUUUUAAUGAUUUUAUCUAGACCUUUUCCAUACAAUUGUUUUAUGUUUUUGUUAAAAAAGAAACUAGUACUAGAAUUUGUAAGACAGACUUUCUAAGCCAUUCACUGCAACCAUUCUGUUAAAAUAAUUAUGAAAAAAAAUGAAACCAGUCUUGAAAUGAAAGAACCUUAUUGGUUGGUUCAAAAUUGUGAUUUGAAAUUAACCAAUGGCAAGCUUGCUUUCAUGGACUGGAACCUAUUUAUUCUUCAGAUGUUCUUUCUGUCCAUGCUCCACUGUUGUAUGAUAGUUUUCUUUUGUAUAUUUACUGAAAAUGCCUUGGCAUGCUUUGUAUUAAGUUUUAUUUAGAUACAUUUUUACUUUGAUAUGAUUAACAUUUUAAAGAAAAAGUAAAAAUAAACAUUAUAGUUUUAUGUAUAA